AUGUCGUACCAGAUCUACCAUGGUGAUCCUGAUAGAGAAAAUAAUUUUUGGGUUUAUCCAAAAGAAAAAGCAUUGGUCAACUCUCGUUGGGAUGCUUAUGAUCCAUCACAUCUAUGUAAUGAUUUUACUUUACUUGACAACAAUCUGUUUACUGGAGUGAGGAGAUACAAAUGUAAUGGUCACGAAAAUGUCUGCUAUGGUGGUGGUAGUGAUGGUGUAGCUCAACCUUCUAUUUAUCCAAAUGCGGCCAUACCAAACAAGUUUUACCAUGGUGAUCCUAGUCGAGAAAAUAAUUUUUGGGUUUAUCCAAGACAUGAACCAUUGAUCGACACUCGUUGGGAUGCUUACAAUCCAUCAUAUCUGUGUAAUAAUUAUACUUUACUUGAGAACAAUUCGUGUACUAAAAUAAGAAGAUACAGAUGCAAUGGUCAUGAUAGUACUUUUCAUGGCCGUGGCAGAAUUCAUCGUAAUCGUCAUCGAAAUGUACGUUAUAAGUAG